ACAAAAACCAUUUCUGUUUCUUUAAGCUCUAGCAACCACACCGACUCCAUUCCUUCUAUUUACUCGCCCUCCUCUACUUCUCUUCAUUUCACUGCAAAAAAUGUCUCCGACUUACUUCUCCCUCUUCAUCGCCCUUUUUCUCUCAUUUUCCCUCCCUCUCCAUUCCACAACUCCAUACGUCUCACCCAACACACUUUUCCCAAAUUACCAAAACAUGCUCAAAUCUUUCAAAGUCUUUACUUACACCGCUCCCGAACCACUAAUCUUCUCCACAACACCCGAGUCCCUCUUCUUCUCUUCUCUCCAAAAUAGUCCUUUCAUCACUCAAGACCCAGAACAAGCCCACCUCUUCUUCGUCCCCUUCUCAUCCCACCGCUCCACGCGUUCUCUCGGGCGUCUCAUCUCUCGUCUUCGAAACGACUUCCCGUUUUGGAAUCGCACUCUUGGCGCCGACCAUUUUUACAUCUCGUGUCAAGGUUUGAGCUUCAACUCGGACAGAAAUAUCCUCGAGUUGAAGAAAAACUCGGUUCAGAUCUCGUGCUUUCCCACACUGCGAACCGAGUUUGUCCCACAUAAGGAUAUCACCUUGCCCCCAUUCGCGGAUCUUCACAGGUUAAACGCGCCAACCAACAAGACAAAACUGCAUCUGGGUUUUGUUAGGUUCGGCGCGGUUGAAGAGUCAAGUUUGAUCACUGAACUACUUGAUGAUCCUGACUUUUACGUGGAAUCUGGGCCGUCGGAUGAACUGACUUAUCAGGAGAGGUUAGAAAAUAGUAAGUUUUGUCUGUUCGAGUACGGAAAGGGGGACAUUUCCGGGAUUAGUGAUGCGAUGCGUUUCGGAUGCGUGCCUGUGGUGAUGACUGACCGUCCGAUUCAGGAUUUGCCGCUGUUGGACGUGCUGAGGUGGCAAGAGAUCGCAGUGUUUGUUGGGUGGAAUGAAGAUAAAGGAGUGAAGGUCAAUUCACUGAAGAAGUUUUUGUAUCGCACGUGGAGGAAUGAACAGUACGAGGAGGUGAGUCGAUUCUGUGUGAUGGCAGGUCGGCAUUUUGUGUGGAAUGAGGAACCGCAGCCGUACGAUGCAUUUCAUAUGGUGAUGUAUCAGCUGUGGUUGAGGCGCCACGUCAUUAGAUACGCGCGUAGAGAAGUGGCGUAAGGAAUAUCUGUCUUGUGGAAUAAAUUUUUUGUCGACGACUUUGUACUGUAAGAUCACUGUUUUUAGAAAUAAUUUGGUUCCUGAAAAUAUGAAAGAAAAAUGAAAAUCAUAAUAAGUUGCAUGGAUUUGCCUCGGAA